AUGCGCACUUCCUUGGGCAAUAAACUACAGCAGGAUGCCGAAGAGCUCGACCGGAGGGAACAACUUGUGCAGCAGCUGACAGCAGAGAAGGAGGAUCUGGCUGCGACUGUGGAGACUAUGAAGUCUGAACUCAUAGCAUCUCACGAAGAAGCCGAGCGUGCCUCUAGUAAACUCGACGCCAUGCGAAGUCGUGUCCUACAAGAAAGCGCACACGAAACUUUACAACGGGAAAACGAGCUCCGAGAGACCCAGUUAGAACUGGAGCGCUGUCGGAUGGAACGCGACGAAUGGGAACGAUCAGCUCUGCAAGAGCAGACAGUUUCCGAAGACCUACGGACGACGUUGGAGGUUCUCCGAAGAGACUUAGAGCUGGAGUCUGCGGCGAGGAAGAGGGAAGCCGGAGAGCUGGAACGAGAACGGGAGAAGACCACCAAUCUGGAGUCUGUGCUGCAAGAUUUUCAAGCAGCAAAGGACCACGAAUUGCGACAAGCCGUGAAGGACUACGAAUCUCAGCUAUUCCAAGCCACACAGUCGCUGGCGGAGUACAAAUCCCGUGCCCUCACAGCUGAGCUGCAACUCGACGAGUCGCAUACCAAUGUCUCGCGUACGAAAGAGCUCGAGAAGGAGGUGAAGGAAAAGAAAGUUCUCAUAGACAAGCUACGACACGAAACUGUCAUCAUAAACGAGCACCUCAUGGAGGCCCUCCGUCGUCUUCGACGAAAUUCAACCGAGACAAACGUCGACCGUCGGCUGGUGACGAACGUGUUGCUCUCAUUCCUGACAACACCACGAGCAGACAGCAAACGAUUCGAAAUGCUCUCGCUCCUCGCGUCAAUCUUGUCGUGGAACGACCAGGAGCGAGAAAAGGCUGGUCUUCAACGGAUAGGUUCGGCCGAGGCGGCAAAUUCUGGUUUCUGGAGUCGCACGUCGAGCACAUCGUCGCCGUCAAAAGCAACUGAACUGGAGAGGUCGGAUGAGACAGAGUCGUUCUCUCGUCUUUGGGUCGAGUUCCUCCUCACGGAAGCUAAUGCUGGUGAAUCACCUUCGCAAACAACCUCGCCUCCUGCCCUGCCGCGGAAUAGUACCACAUCGAUGCCCGCCAGCCCACCGCCACUCUCGACAGUCCAUUCAAAUUCCUCUACGUCCUCGCCAUUCAAGGGUACGAGAAGGCUCGCCUCGUUAAGCUCAGCAGGAACGGCGAGCUCGCCAAAUCUACUGAGCAAUCCACCCCCAUCGAAGAAGGGAAAGGAGAAAGAGAAGAAUCCCGGAGGUUCAUGA